ACGUCAUAUUUUACAUUUUGUCAAUAUUUUGCCUUGAUCCGCGCAGCCAACAACGGUGGAUUGCAGCUAAUUUUUACACAUCCGUUUACUAUAAGUUAUUAGUGUGAAAAGUGUCCUUUUUCCUAAGUGAACAACAAAAUCGAGAAACCAGUGCACAAUUCCCGAAGAAAACCCCCUUUUCCGUUGUCCAAUGUUUUGCUAUGUUUUACGGUGUUGCAGCGAAACUGAACUAUCGUCUGGCAGACCACUUGCGUAGGAUUAGUUGCAGCUCUUCGGUGGGGCCCUUCCGGGGUGGUGGCGGUGGUAGCUUUCUUCCGAAAUCCUGGCAACGGAGAAAGUGGUCCACUACAGCAUCAACUGCGGUUAUCGGGAAGAAACAUCUGAAAGCGAAAAAUUACGACAAAGCAGAUCGAUCUAUCUAUCACCAGCGGGGGUCGGCAUCCGCAUCAGGUUUUGCUAUUUCGUGUAACCCCGAUCAAUAUCAGCCGUAUCAAUUGGGUCAAAUUUGUUCCUUCCACACCACAACUGGCAUGGCAUCUGACGGGGCGGGAUCAUCAAACAAACCGAAGCACUCCAAUCGGUUGAUCAACGAAAAAUCCCCCUACCUACUGCAGCAUGCCCACAAUCCGGUGGACUGGUACCCCUGGGGUGACGAGGCGAUAGCCCGUGCCAAGGCUGAAAACAAGCUGAUCUUCCUCUCGGUCGGCUACAGCACCUGUCACUGGUGCCACGUGAUGGAGAAAGAAUCGUUCGAAAACGAACAGGUGGCGGAGAUUAUGAACGAAAAUUUCAUCAACAUCAAAGUCGAUCGCGAAGAACGACCGGACAUCGACAAGCUCUACAUGACCUUUAUCUUGCUCAUUAACGGUUCCGGAGGGUGGCCCAUGUCGGUUUGGCUGACACCGGAUCUGGCACCGGUAACCGGCGGAACGUACUUCCCACCGAAGGACCGUUGGGGCAUGCCCGGGUUCACGACGGUCUUGCUCAAGUUGAAGAUCAAAUGGGCUACCGAUGGAGAGGACUUGGCAGCAACGGGGAGGAGCAUAAUCGACGCCAUCCAGAGGAACGUCGAAGAGAAGCACCAGGAUGAACCAGAACGGGUAUUUACCCCGGAGGAAAAAUAUCGACAAGCAGUCACUAUUUAUAAGCGGAACUUCGAUCCGGUCUGGGGAGGUUCACUUGGAGCGCCCAAAUUUCCGGAGGUGUCAAAGUUGAAUCUCAUUUUUCACGCCCAUCUGCAGGACCCAUCGACCAAGAUACUGGGGGUAGUGCUGAACACGCUGGACAAGAUGGCCGCAGGCGGUAUUUAUGAUCACGUGUUCGGUGGGUUUGCGAGAUAUUCGGUGGAUAAGAAGUGGCAUGUGCCUCAUUUUGAGAAGAUGCUGUACGAUCAGGGUCAACUGUUGAUGGCAUAUGCGAAUGGGUAUAAAACUACGAGGAAGCCGCUGUAUCUGGAAGUGGCAGAUUCGAUUUAUAGGUACAUAUGUAAGGACCUGCAGCAUCCUGCUGGUGGGUUUUACAGCGGAGAAGACGCAGAUUCGCUUCCAACUUGGGAAAGUGCGGAAAAAAUUGAGGGUGCUUUUUACGCUUGGACGUACGCCGAAGUUCGGGAUCUGUUGAAGGCGAAUUUGGAUAAGUUCGGAGAUAUUGGUAAGGUCGAUCCAGUGGAAGUAUACACAGAGCAUUAUGAUAUUCAAGAAACCGGAAAUGUAGAACCCAGUAGCGAUCCCCAUGGGCAUCUUCUGGGUAAGAACAUUUUGAUAGUGUAUGGAUCGGUUCGUGAAACGGCCGAGAAGUUGGAAACUACUCCGGAGAUAGUGGAUAGGAUUUUGAAAGUUGGUAAUGAAUUGUUGCACGAAGUACGCGAUAAACGACCUCGACCACAUCUGGACACCAAAAUCAUCUGCGCUUGGAAUGGAUUGAUCCUGUCUGGGUUGUCGCAACUUUCGUGCAUCAAAGAUGCACCCAAUCGUGCAGAAUACAUCAAGACCUGCUCGAAACUAGUCUCGUUCAUCCGGGAGAAUCUGUAUGAUGCUCAAGCUCGAAAGUUACUUCGCUCUUGUUAUGGAGAUGAGAGCGACAAAGCAAAGUCACUAGAAUCCCCCAUCUAUGGCUUCAUCGAUGACUACGCGUUCCUUAUCAGGGGCCUUAUCGAUUACUAUCGUGCCUCGCUGGACACCAGUUCCCUAAGUUGGGCAAAGGAGUUGCAGGAGAUCCAGGACCAGCUCUUCUGGGAUCACAAGAACGGUGCCUAUUUCUAUUCGGAAGCUAACUCAGCUAAUGUUGUCGUGCGGCUAAAAGAAGAUCACGAUGGAGCGGAACCCUGCGGAAACAGUGUAUCCGCACACAACCUAAUAAUGCUGGGAGACUACUUUGAAACGGUCGACUUCCGGGAGAAGGCAAAUAAACUGUUUAGUUACUUUGCUAAUGUAUCGCCGUUUGGGUAUGUGUUGCCGGAAAUGAUGUCAGCCAUGCUGUUGCAGGAGAACGGACGAGAUAUGUUGGUAGUUGUUGGCCCUGAUGGACCCGAGGCAACCACCCUAGCGGACGCGGCUCGGGACUUCUACAUGCCUGGUCUGUUGAUCGUGCAGCUCAAUCCAAGUUUACCGGACCACAGCCUGGGCGGCAAGACACUCAAGAGCUUCAAAAUGAUGAAGGAAGCUCCGACGGCCUACAUGUGCCACAACAAGGUGUGCCAACUGCCGGUCACCGAAGCGGAAAGACUCACCGAGGAUCUCGUCAACACGUACGUGUUCGACCACGCCGAGUACGAGAAUUGAUUUUUCGAGGCCUAAAGUUCUCUGUACGCAUUGGGAGAGUGUAGAAUACAGUCUAGAAAUGGAACAGGAACUGGCGGCCGCCAUGAGAGUUUGAAACCAUCGGUAUGAAGUUUACUGAAUGAUAUUUUAGCCAUCACAAGUAGCGUAAAUUUACGUUUCUAACUUUGCAUGUCAUUAGAUAAAUAUCAGUGUUGAUCAAUAUUGUUUUAUAUCAAUAUCACAUUUUGCAGCAUAAUACACAUAUUCUAAACCAUAAAGAACGAAAACAAGCACACCGAGUAGAAUGAAUAUCAUAUUAGAAGUUAAUGUUACAUACUUAUCACGAAAGUAUCAAAUCAAUUUUAAUCAAAACAUUUCUAUCAAACAUUGAAUUUUUGAAUAUUUUAAACCACAAUUGACUGCAAACAGAAGAAAUCUCAGUAAGAAGAUAGCAAGCUUUUACGUACUAAACAUCGUAGUUAUGAGUAAUUAUCAGCAAGCGCAAGGCAAUUUACUCCUAUCUUUUUCACUAAUCAUAAAAUAAUUUUCCCAACAACUCUUAAUCAAACUAAUUAUCAAAAGACAUACAAACCGAAAAGGAUCGAACGAGAAUUGAAGCUAAGAGCGAAAUAAUACAAUACCAUGUGAUCUAGCGAGUAGGCAAUUCUGUACUGCAGCAGCGAAACAGCAAAUCGAGGUGCCAAUAUUUGGUUGCAAAAACCCCCACGCAAGGACACAGUUUGUACACCAUGAAGUAGGGAUAAAAUGUUAAGCUAUUUGAAUCGCUAAUUCUUACUAACAUUUAGGCAGUAAUGACACUUGGUGGGUGGAAAAUGCGUGCUGAAAACGCAAUGUUUUACAUACGAAGUAAAAUAUAUAUUUAAUUGAAAAACUAACUCUAAAUAGACGUA